AUGACGAAAAUAACAGAUGCAGCAACGAGACAGGCAGUUCAAAGUGCCUAUGACGCCGUUAGAGCAACUGUUGUGGAAAGUCAAGAAAAAGAGUUACAACAGACCAAAACAGACCUAGUAAAUGCUUUCUUAAAAACGAAAAGUCAGGUAGGACAUUAUGCUGCAGAUGGAACAUAUGUGCCAGCUGGUGGAACUUAUAUACCACCAAACCCUCCAAGAGAAGCACCUGCACCAGGACUACCUAGAACAUUUACAUCGUCACAUGGACAUAGACACAGGCAUGCACCAAAACCAACACAACAACCAACAGUUCAAAAUCCAGCACAACAACAACAACCAACAGUUCAAAAUCCAGCACAACAGCCACCUCCACAACCAACAGUUCAAAACCCUGCACAACAACAACCACAAACAGAACAAGGACAUAAAAGAAGUAGAGAACAAGGAAACCAAGAAUUCUUAAAAAUGCUUAAAGAAGAGUGUGGUUUCUCAGAUACUGUUGACUUUAGUGACAGAUAUAAAGAAGCUAUUAGAAAGUUCAAGGAUGGAAAUACUGACCCGAACCUAUUUAGCUUUAUGGCUCAGCACCAAAACGGAUAUAAUCUCAAACCUGGAAAAUACAAGCUCGCUAAGGGAUAUGAUUUAAUAGCAUAUCAUCCAAAUGACAUGGAUGAAUUUACUCCGAGAUAUUUGAUGUCAGAGCUAAAUGACAAUUCAACUUUCGUCAUGAAACGCGUAAAAAAGAGAGACGGAACGAAAGAACAAAAGCUUAUGAAUGCGGAUGACGUAGAUAGGGAAAUUGUUAAAAACGGUCUCGGAAUAUAUGAAAUGCCAGCAGAUGAGGUACAAGAAACUCCACAGGAAGAAGUUCAGAUACAACCAGACAUGGAAGAAAUAGUUCAGCAACAACAGCUAGAAGAGCCUGAAGGAAACGAACAAGUCCCUCCUUUGGAAACUAACUUCACAGAACUAGAUGAAGAUUUGGAACAGCCGAAAAAUCUUGACCCUCAACAAGAGCAUGAGGUGAAUAUGGAAUCUUUCCAAGAGUCUAAGAAAGAUUCGGCUGACAUAGUAGAAGAAUAUCGAAAAAUGUUUGCCGACAUACAAAAGACUCCAACACCAGAUGAAAAUAUUCAGCAUAGAAUGAAAGUACUGAAAGAAAAU